AUGCUCUCCCGGCCAGCCAUGCUGCUGGGUGGCCUCCUCCUCGCGGUGGCCACCAUGAUUGCAGCCCAAAGGAGGGGACCGGAGGCGGCCGCGCAGCACCAAGUGCACCUGGUCCAGAGCGGCCCGUGCAGCUACACCUUCGUGCUGCCCGACCCGCAGCCCUGCCCGCCCGGGGACCCCGGGAGCCCCGACAGCCUCCAGAGGGACGUGUCCCCCGCGGCGCCCUCGGCCUCCCUGGGCGCCUGGCGGGCCCAGCGGGUACGACAGCUGGAGAAGGCGCUGGAGAACAGCACACUGCGGCUGCAGAAGCUAGAGAGGUACAUCCAGAUGAAUCUGAGGUCAAAGCUGGCGCGGGCCCAGCAGCACAUGGUCCAGAACCAAACGGCCGCCAUGUUGGAGCUGGGCUCCGAACUCCUGAACGAGACCGUGGCCCGCACCUCCAACGUGGAAGCCAAGGUCCUGAACGAGACGUCGCGCAUGGAGGUCCAGAUGAUGGAGACCUCGCUGUCCACCGACGAGCUGGAGAAGCAGCUGCUGCAGCAGAGCAACGAGCUGCACCGGCUGCAGGGCCGCAGCAGCGCGCUGGAGACGCGGUUGCAGGCCCUGGAGACGCAGCAGCAGGAGGACCUGGCCAGCCUCCGCGAGGAGAAGGAGCAGCUGCGGCGCCUGCUGGGCAGCCACGGCGACGCCCUGGCCGUCCUGGAGCGCAGCCUGCGCCUGGCCAGCAGCAACUCGAGUCUCCUGCAGAUGCAGCAGCGCCAACUGCUGGAGUCGGUGCAGCGCCUGGUGCACGUGAUGGCGCAGGGCCCCGGCGGGAGCACGGCAGCCCCCAUGAGGGCCCCUGAGCAGGUGUUCCAGGACUGCGCCGAGAUCCACCGCUCCGGAGCCACCGCCGACGGCGUCUACACCAUCCGAGUGACCAACGUCUCGGAGCCCAAGAAGGUGUUCUGUGGCAUGGAGUCCAACGGAGGCGGGUGGACCAUCAUCCAGCGCCGUGUGGAUGGCAGCGAGGAUUUCCAGCGGAGCUGGAAGGAGUACAAAGAGGGUUUCGGAAACCCAGCGGGGGAAUACUGGCUGGGCAAUGAGGCCGUCUACCAGCUCACCAGCAGGGCCACCUACUCUCUGCGCGUGGAGCUGGAGGACUGGGAAGGCCAAGAGGCCUACGCCCAGUACGAGCGAUUCCAGCUGGGCAGCGAGGCCCAGUUGUACAGGUAG